GUUUGGCUGAUCAUGUAUAUAAAAUUCCCCAGAAAAUCUGCCCCACCUUCGUGACUUUUGUUCUAGCUUUCAAAGUUCAACCCACCAUUUCCAAGCUUUGCGACUCAAUAUCAUCCAUCUUCUCACAGUACAACAUACAACCUUUCUCAUGAUUCUUCCUUCAAUCUAAUUCUUAUUGGAUUUUCGGCCAACUUUAUCUCUGUCCCUCCCCCCCAAUAUCGAUGUGCUCCCCACGAAUUGUCCCAAGCAUAAUCCAUGUCUAAUAUGGCAGAAGAGAUGCAGCCAGCGGCGCCCAAUCCCGCAGACACCUUCACAUCACAACCACCGAUUGUCGCUAGACAUGAUCACGAGUCGCGCAUAGCUCAACCUUCAACAUUCCUCCUCCCAAGAGUGAAGGUCGCCGAGAUGCAGCAAGAAAAGCCGCUGGAGGAAACGCCGCCGGAAAAGCCGAUGAGCGCGCUCGACAAGGACCAGCAAAAGGGUCUGAAAUCGAUUCGAGAUUUCCUCAAGCGCCGUACAAGUUACGACGUUCUACCUCUUUCCUUUCGACUUAUUAUUCUAAAUACCGAUUUACUUGUCAAGAAGAGCUUGACUAUUCUCCUACAAAAUGGUAUCGUUUCAGCCCCGCUAUGGGAUUCGCACACCUCAACUUUUGCUGGCCUUCUUACGACUUCGGACUACAUAAACGUCAUCCAAUACUAUUGGCAGAAUCCAGAAGCUCUCAAUCAAAUAGACCAAUUCAAGUUGAGCAGUUUAAGAGAUAUUGAAAAGGCAAUUGGCGUACUGCCUUUGGAGACAGUAUCGGUACACCCUGCAAGACCUCUUUAUGACGCCUGUCGACAAAUGCUACAAACCCGCGCCCGCCGUAUUCCGCUGGUUGAUGUCGAUGACGAAACCGGAAAAGAGAUGGUAGUUAGUGUGAUCACACAAUACCGCAUUCUAAAAUUUAUUAGUGUCAACGUCGAUGAGACGGAAUAUCUGAAGAAAAGCGUUUUGGAACUCAAGCUGGGAACAUAUGGCGACUUACAAACCGCAAAUAUGGACACCCCGGUGAUCGACGUAAUACACAUGAUGGUCAAACAUAGCAUUUCGAGUGUUCCCAUUGUUGAUAAAGAUUCACGAGUCCUUAACCUUUUCGAGGCUGUUGAUGUAAUCACAAUCAUCAAAGGUGGAGUAUAUGAUGGUUUGACUUUGACCGUGGGAGAGGCUCUGGCGAAUAGAGCAGAAGAUUUUGCAGGGAUUUAUACAUGCAGCGAAGAAGACAGAUUAAAUUCGAUCUUUGACACGAUUCGAAAAUCUAGAGUGCAUCGAUUGGUGGUUAUAGAUGAAGAGCAACAUUUGAAGGGAGUGAUCUCUUUAUCCGAUAUUCUACAGUAUGUACUCCUACACGGAGAAGACGACGAUUAAGCCUGUUCGAUAUUGGCAAUGAUACUACGGGGACGGAUGGGCGUUGCAUAGCGAUUUGGCGUACAGGCACAAACCUGAUCUCACUGGUCAUAAAAUGGCCACAAAUAGAUGUGAUUGGGCGAUUGAUUCAUAUUCGUUAAUACCAUUUUAUCGGCUGCGGACUAGGGGUAACAUGGCAAGUUUGGGGAAUGGCUUGUGAAUAUUUUAUGGAUGAUGGGCAGUAAAGUACUUACGAUUCAGGAAAUUUAUCCUUUUUAUAAUCUUUUGAUGGAACACUGUGCAUUUCAAAAUACUGCCAAGUUGGGAUGAUUCUUUUAUGGAUUCAACAUUCAGAAGGCUGGAUCGACUUUGAUCGAGCUUGUAUAAUGGUUCUCCGAGUAGGUAUUCAAUAAUCUGGACUAGUAGACCAGAUGUGAGCUAUGAAUGUCUGAGAUGCUAUACAGGUAGUGAUCUCUAAGAAUUCUUUGAUCGUCCGAAUAGGUUUGCCCUUUCAGUUAGUUAUAAUCUUCCAACGGAAUCCAGUCUUUCGGGCUAUAUCAAUCCUUCGAAUACA